AUGCGGCUAGCUGGUUGGCUGGGGGGAGAGAGAAAGGGGUGGAGGGGGGGUUGGCUUACAGCAACGGCGGCAGAUAACGAGGGACAGCCAGCAACUCUAAAGCCCGGUUCGAAGAGACUCAAGACCCGGGGAUGGUGGGACGAGAGGGCUGAAGAUGGUAAAAGAGACUGGCGCGAAGGCGUGGGCGGUGAUUCUGUCUGCACGGCUACGCGAGACGACCGACAGGGUGUACAGCAGGUACUGUACUUGGUCAGGGCGAUCAGUGGAAGGGGGCGGAACAUUGAGGUCUCAAUGCCAUCACUCACUGCGCUCGCCGUAAUUCAGCAGCCUGGCCUGCUACAGUACAGAGGCCCGCCGUUCCGCGCUCCCGGAGCUCCCUGCAGCCCAACAAUGGAGCCCUAA